GUGCGAGAGUCACGAAUGCAAACCAUUGAUCGUCAGGCAGUUCUCAGGAAAUCCUCUAUUAAAUCAUUUUUACAAUUUAUCAAGUUUUGAAAUAAAACAUUUGUGCGGUAAUAAAUAGCAUAGACCUCUUAUAAUCUUGAUUAACUGAUGAUCCCACGACAUUAUGCAAAUCAGUUCGGGCUCACGUCAUUCACCGGUGUUCGCGUGUUUUGUAAGGAGGGGCCAUGCAUUGUUUGUUCUGUCCAAGGUUUCCCUGUUUGGGGUCGCCAUGUACUGGAAGUGAUCACAAAGUUUCUACACCUCUGCAUCGUUCCUCUAUUUGUGAUGGAUCGCCUGUUCAUAUGCACGCCCUUUGUUGUGUUUCGGCUUGAUUUCCUUAUAACGACGAUUGUUUGACGAGAUUGUAUACACAGCGCGUCCUAAUUAGUUACCUGUGUAAAUUAGGCGAAAGUGUGGCUAUUCUAACAACUGUUGAACGAAUAUCUAUUAGGAUAUUUUUCUUUGCGAUGUUUCGGGCCAUCAGCUAACUUAAAAUGAAUAGAAACAAGAGGGUUUUCGUUUUCUUCGGAAUAUGGAUCUCACUGUCCUUUUUCGCCAUCCUGCUGAAUGUGUUGAACGUGGACUGGACGAGAACCAACUACAUCAACGGAAUCUUCAUCAUUGUUGUCCUGGGGGUGCUGCAGGGGAGCGUGAUGGAGUUUCCUAUGCAGACGGUUGCCACACUACUAAUAGGGGGAGAAACCAGGGACCCUGAGAGAGCCAAGUGUGAUAGAUUUACCCUCAUUCUAAACUAUAACCUCCUUGCCCUCAGCAAAGAUGAGAUAGACGACUGUCUUGAUAAUAUGUUCCAGGCAUUUAUGGGAAAUUUAAGUCCCAAUGUAUCCGCUGUGUUGGUCAGUGCAACUGGCCCACAAGAACUGAAAGACUAUGAAAUAGAAGUAGUCCAAAAGUACAGAUCGCUGAUAUAUGAUCAGCUGUUUCAAGAGGGUGUGUCUUUCGCUAAGAAUGAAUUCGAUUCUAUCAACUCCGCACAUCUGGAGCAUCUGUGGAAGUUGUAUGAAGACGUUGAGAAAUCUGUGUUCAUAACAGAGUAUCUGCACGAUAUUUGUGAUCGUUUUGCACGUGAGUUUAUGGUGGUCCAUCGCGUGAGCCGCGUGCUCCGUAAAUGUGGUCAGUACCAGGACCUGAUGCUCCUCUCUGAAGGAGAUGACCUGGCUUUUACCUACUGUGACUGGGAACACUACGGAAGUGACGCCAGACCUUAUUCCGAACCUCUGUUUCACAACUCCGAGGACGUAAACAACAUCUUUGGAAGGAAGUUUGACUAUACUCUUGUUCUCGAUGGCGAUACGGGUGUACCUGAUGGCUGUGUGUAUGAAUUGCUGUCUAUAGCAGCGGCAAACCCAGAACGGGGGAUCAUACAGCCAGCUAUUAAAUUAUACUGCAUUGAUAAAGACACGAUAUUUAUGCAUAUAGAGUCUAUGCGACAAGCAAUUUACGAGCCAAUGACCAAUGCUGUUAUGGCUUUGUUCGGUCAGUCAGCCUAUUUCGGAAAAGCAAUGAUAAAAAAUAAAGUUUACAUUGACAGAGUGAUCGGAACGAGAGAAAACCCGAUAGAGAGGGUACCUAUCGAUGUGCUGAGCCAUGAUACUUUUGAGGCAGCCAUAUUGCAGCCUCUCUAUGCGGGAUCCGUUCAUCUUCUGGAGGCGCCAUCAUACAACUUUGUGACAUGGAACAUUCGAGAAAGACGAUGGAAUAGAGGAGAAGUGUUAUUAGCGAUGUAUUUCUGGAAGAAUGCUGUUGGCAGACUUAUGAGGUGGAUUCAAAAGCAGAUGAAGAAAGAUAAAUUCAAUCGAACAAAACUUCGUACAGAGUCUCAUCUAGAUUUCGUGAGCAGCUUCAUCGCCUAUGCGGCUUUGAGACAGAUGAUGAUGAAGCCUUUCCUAUUAUUCUAUGUUCUCAUCCAUAUCAGUGUUCAUCUCCGUUAUAGAUACGCUUCCAUCAUAAUUGUAAUGUUCUUAGUGCUAGUGUUUCCAAAAUUUGCAACGUGCAACAAAAAGAACUACAAGUACGUAUUAAUCGAAACUGUGGCUUCUAUCUUACAGUUUACACCAGAGGCAAUAGUAGGGUGUGUUAGACUUGUUAAAGCUGUCCAAGCUAACCUUGGAGCUAACAUCAAAUGGAUUCCACAGAGAGCGGUAGAGGACGAGUUUAAAGACUCCAACUGUUUUAUAUCCAGCCUUAAGCAUCUUUGGGGCUACACUGUUUUCGCCGUUGUUUCCAGCAUUAUCGUUAUUUUGUUCGUAGAGCAGGCCCUUUUAUUGCUUGUCAUGCUCACGACUCUGUUUUUUCUUCCACUUUUUACUGGCGUGACGUCACUUCCUUUAUCGAAAAAAGAAGAGCGUCACUAUUAUGCUUCAAAUGUUGAAAUUGCCACAGGAGCGGCUCACACUUCGGGUAUUUAUCGAAAAGUGGACGAUCCUGGGUGUUUAAACAAGGGUUUUAAUGAAAAAUUAGACGUUGUUUAGAAGAUUGAGGGCAGCAUUAUUAAUGUAUACAUUCAUUUUUACCCAGUUAUGAUUGGUCUUUUUUUGUUAUAGUAUAGUUAAACAUAAGAUUUUGUAUUUAUUUUCAAACAUUGAACACAAAGCAAAACCAAAUUACAGCGGAACAAAUUUUACUUUAACAAUU